CUUAUACAAAAUUUUAUUAAAAUAAAACCAUUUAAACUGGGUGUUCGGAUUUAUAUGUCACUUAGUAUAGAUACAUGCCUGCCAGAGUGGUGCAAAAAUUGUGUCACAACACCUCAAAAUUUUUCAAACGGUUAUUAAACUUUGGUGACCAGAAAUGUAAUGCUAUUUUCUCGUUAACAUCGGUUAUUUUUCAGUUGCAAUAGAACCACCUUCUAGCAACGUCUUAGAGUCAGUGCCCGAAGACUGGACAACAAUCCAGGUGAUUUAUACAGACGCAGACCAAGACUCAAUUCUAGCAGAGGAAGACACCGUUGUUUCUAUGCAAAACAUCACAAAAAUCAACAGUUUAGAACAAGAAAUAAUCGGAGACACUAAAGAAAACUGCGCUACGAUCAUAGUUUCCACUAAACCCACGACUUUCAUGUGUACAAACUGCAAGAAAAUGUACAACGCUAAGAGGAAUCUGUUGAGGCACGUGAAUCAAGAGUGUGGGAAGGAACCGAAGUAUAGUUGUCCUCAUUGCAAUUAUAAAAAUUAUAGACGAAAUGAAAUCGUGAAGCAUAUUAGGAAGAGACAUCCGGAAGUACAAUCGGUGAAUAUCAGUGCGACAUGUGCAAAAAAGUCUACAGAUCCGACGUGUCGUUAA